UCUGCUACCCUGCGCUCUCCUCCAGGGGGGGCAAAGCGUGCGGGGGCGCGGCCCGGGGCCGGCUCUCGAGGCCAAGUCCUGUGCCACUGCCCGCCGCCCCCGCUUCUAGAACAAAAGACCCCGCGGGGUCCCGGCCCCCUGGCCCAGAGGACGCGGGUGGGAAGGGCGCGUGCCUGCAGCCCGGCGGGGUAGGUCCCGGCCCGACCGCCCACGAGGCCCACGCGGACUGCUCCAGUCCCCACUUGGUUCUGAGCCCCGCGGCCCCACUCCGCGAGCAGGAGCGGGUCGGUCCUCAGGCUCUUUCAGGCUUCUGCCGGCGGGCAGUUGCGCAUCCCGGGACUGUCCUGGGUCGGGAGGAGCCGAGCCUGCUUCCCGAGGCAGAGCGGGAAGGGACGGCUGCGGCCACCGGAGGGAGCGGCGGCUUCAGUGGACAGAGCAGGGUUCUCAUGCUGACCGCAGCGCUGUCCGCAUCUGUGCGGGCGGACACCUGUGCACGGGGCCAGGGCAGUCUCCUGCUCCGGUUCGGUGAAGGUCAGGCCGCCCUUGGCAGCCGCACGCGCUGGGUUUGGCGACCCCCCUCCACCCCGCGGUGGCAGCCGAGGACUUUUUUUAAUUGAAUGUGACCGCGGAAAGGAGCACGGGUCCCAAGGGAGCGGUGGGGGAGGCCCAGAGGACGCCGAUGCUCACUUGAGACUCUAAGCCCGCUGAGAGGCCGCGGCCGAAGCCCGCACUGGGCAAGCGGUGUCUGUGCCUUGGAAGGGGCCUGGUCAGGAGUUGGUGCGCUGGGACCCAGGCCAGUGCGCGACUUGUCGAAAACGCUGUUGGCCUGGGCUCUCCUUGCGCCUGUUGUCUGGUGCCCUGGGGCUCCCACCCAAGCCCCUCGCGCCCUGGAUUGACAGGAAGACUCCAGCUGACAGGCAGUUCGCUGUGUGUGUGUGUGUGAGUGUGGAGUGUCACGGGGUUAUUCCGAGUGAAGCUGGUUUUCCGAGAAGGCAGGGUGGCACAGCGGGCUGGGCUCCUUGUCAGCUGGUGCCGCGGGUCCUCACGCAGGUCACUCACAGCGCCUAGUUCUUUGAGGAAUCCAUUUUCUGCUCCCCCGCCCCCCAGCGAAGGUUCGUGAGAGCGGCAAGGGCUGGGGCCCUGGCCCUAAGGGAGCCUUCUGCCCCCUCACCAGCUGAAACUCCCCCUGCCGGCGGCGGGGGCGGAGCGGGGAUGGACCCGGGGCGUGGAGCUGGGGGAGUCGGCCUGCAGAAUGCUGGCGCCGGCACGGGCUGGCUGGGAGCCUCCAACGCUGACAGUUCUUCUGGAGCUGUCCUCCGCCCCCAGAUGCAAUUAAGCUUCCGGCUUGCAUCCUCUGCCCCCUGAUUCAGUGCACCCCGAAACCGAGGCCUUGGGAUGUUCUUCAGCAGAUCCAAACCAGAAAUGCAUGGGCUGACACACGAGGCGCACCGGAAGGAGGUGGAACAGGUGUACGUACGCUGCGCGGCGGGCACAGUGGAAUGGCUGUACCCGACUGGGGCUCUCAUUGUCAACCUGCGACCCAACACCUUCUCACCUGCACGGCAGCUCACUGUGUGCAUUAAGCCCUUCAGAGGCUCCUCGGGGGCCAAUAUUUAUUUGGAAAAAACUGGAGAACUGAAACUGCUGGUACAGGAUGGGGAUAGCACUGGCCAGGUGCGGUGCUUUGGCCUGGAGCAGGGCGGCCUGUUUGUGGAGGCCACACCCCAGCAGGACAUCGGCAGAAGGACCACGGGCUUCCAGUACGAGCUGACGAGGAAGUACCGGGGACCAGCCCUGCACACACCAUCGGCACUGUGCCGCCCUUGCAGUGACACCGAGGUCCUCCUAGCUGUCUGUACCAGCGACUUUGUUGUUCGAGGCUCCAUCCAGGAUGUCACCCACGAGCCAGAGCUUCAGGAGACCGCCAUCCACUUGCGAGUGAGCAGACUGUACCGGCAGAAAAGCAGGAUCUUCCAGCCAGUGCCUGAGGGUGGUAGCCACUGGCAGGGGCAUGUCAGGACACUGCUGGAGUGUGGUGUGCGGCCAGGGCGCGGUGACUUCCUCUUCACAGGCCACAUGCGCUUUGAGGAGGCCUGGCUUGGCUGUGCCCCACGCUUCCAGGACUUCCAAAGGAUGUACAGAGACGCUGAGGAGAGGGGACUGAACCCCUGUGAGGUUGGUGCGGAGUGACCAUAGGGACCUCAGGCUGCCUUCCUUCCCCAAUGAGCUUCUGUGCCUGCCCUGGGCUGCACAAAUCCUGGUGGGAGCUACACUGGACCAUACCACUGGGGCCCAGGCCUGGCCCUGCUUUGUCUGCACCUCCACCAUCUGAGGAGGUGCCUAUGGAUCCCACAGGUGCCUGUGGGAUUCCAGUGGGGGAUGCCGUGGCCAAUCGGAAAUGCCAUAAAAUGCAAACUAAGUUAUUAUGUUUUUCAUAAAAAAAGAAAUGCCCAUAGGAAGCAAAUUCCUAUGUCUUCGAAUGUCUUGGUGUGGCACUUAUGUUCUUUAAAAACAUUUACAUCAUUGCACUCAGCCUUGUAUAUUGGAUGAGAACCUGUGGCUGCAGGACAUAACCAUCGGUCAGCCAGGCUCUGUGCAAAGACUCAGCACCGUUUGGAGUUGUUACAACAGAAAUGUAUGGAGCCAAAUACUUAUGGGUUUUUUCCAUUUUGUCUUUAAAGAAUGUGCUUUGCCAGCUGUCGUCCUUUUUGGGCUGCAGGUUGUUUCUGUUCCAGAGAAUAAAAAUCAAGGCCUGCCCAGA